UGGACUGGAAUUGAUGCUUGGAUUCAAACAGAAGCCGAGCAAGAACAGAUCUCAAGGCUGCUGGGAAUAAAGAGGAAACUCAUUGAAGAUUCACAUACCUUGUUCUGUGGAGAAGUUAUGAGAAGUCACAUGCCAUUGGGAAAUGGUCACAAAAAGCUGAGAAGUCAUCAGGAAACGGAGAGGGAAAAGCAGGGCCAUAGCUUCUAAGAGACAAGUCAAGGGAGCUGUUAAUGCAACAUGAUCCAGUGGGUCUUGCCCUAAAAAUACCUCUGGGCAGGAGAGUGGAAGCUAUCUCUAUCUGCUUAAUUGCCUGGUAAUCAACAGUUUCUUUUUCUUCUUUGGACAACAACUGAGGUCAGAGAACAGAAAACGGAAAAUUUGUCCAUGGCAGAUAUGUUUCUAAAUAUUUUUAUUUGGGUUUUCAAGUUAAAAAAAGUUAUAGACAAUGCUGAAUUCAAAAUGUGAGAACCUUGUUAACGGUAAUUUAUAUGUGAAGCUUACUCUUAGACUCUAAUGCCCUCACUGAAUUUUGAUUUUGAAUACUUAGAGAAGACCCAGUCAGUGUUAUAGCCAUACAGUCCACACAGUCACAAAAUCCAUUGUAAGAUCUACCAAAUCAGUUCAGCCAUGAGAAAAGCCGAGGUUCAAAUGACCCUGAAAAAAGGGCCAGAUGAAGCAGUGGCACCCCCAAGCCCCAUCAUCCCCCCAAAGCGGUCCAAAGCUAGCCCAGAGCAAGUUGUCCCUGAACCUCUAGGACCUGCUCGUCCCACCCCAACUGCACCAAUUUUUAUUCGCAAAAUGAGGAACGCCGCAGUGGGGACAGGCUGCGACAUCCGUCUCAAGGUAACUGUGGCUGGAGACCCCCAGCCCUCCCUGUACUGGUACCACAAUGAUGACCUCCUCAACAUGGAGAACCAGGAGUACGGAGGGCUCUGGAUUAGAGAUUGCAAGCCCAGUGAUGCUGGCCUGUACACCUGCAUCGCCAACAACCACCUGGGAGAGGCACGGAGCAGUGCUGUGCUUGCUGUCUUGGAUCUGGGUGAAGAUUCUGAAACAACAGAGGAUGAAGGUGGAGACCAAUUUGAGACCAAAGAAGAUGGUGGGGAUGUUGAGGACCAGGCUGUCCAUACAGAUGCAGUGAUGGACAAAUGUGCAGAAGAUGAGGAUCACUCUAACACAACCAGGAACCAGCCAGAGAAUUUUUCAAGAGAAUCUCCUUCACAAGUCCUCCCACCCCCAUCCCCAAGACUCGUCAAACGUCCUUCCAUCUCUCCAAUGCCAACUCGCUCUGGUUCAACUACACCUAUCAGCUUACGAAAGAAAAUUGUUUUGCCAACUGAAUACCAAGACACAGUGCCUGGGGAGUUUGAAGAAAAGAUUAAGCAGCCAAAAUCUGUGUCUCAAAGUAACACCCAGGACUCCCGACCACAGACUCCACUGAGCGAAUACUCCCGGAAAGAAUUUACUCCCAGACCAUCCCCAAAGCUUACCAGGGCAAGCUCAAAGGUUUUUGAGAAGGUUCGGGGCUUGGAGGAGCGGAGACGAAGCCUUGAUAUUCCAGAAGGUUCCAUCUCAGGAAGAUCCUGGGCAGGGUUCAAUCGUGCUGGAUCUGUAGAUUCUGAUGAUGGAGGAAGCCGAUUGGGUAUCUCCAGAGAAAGUUCAAGGGAAGAUCUAAGGGAGGCUUUGAAAGAGGAUGCUGCUGAACGGAGAUCUAUGUUUAGACAGAGGGCUGCUUCGCUGGAGGAGAAACCUCGUUACUCCCAAAAAGUUCAGGACAUUGAGAACAAGUUCACUGAGGAGCUGCAGCGCAUUAAGAAGCUUGUUGGUAAACCUCAUUUGAAAAAGUCUUUUUCAACUGAACAGCUCACCCUCAAGAGCAAGCAGCGCCAGCCUCUCAGGAAAAUUGAGCCCAUUCCUCCACAAGUCCUUCAAAAGCUCCAAGAAAGGGAACGUGCCCAGUGGGCAAAGGAACAGAGAGAAAAGGAACUAAGUCAGCAACCAAUGCAGCAACAACAGCAGAUAGCACAAGACCAGCACAAAUCUCAACCCCAAAAGACAGCAAGUACUGGUUCAGCAACCACAACAGUUAGUGGGUUUAGUGAAGCUCCAGGCACCCCAGAGUCCAUGCAGUUAUCUGAUUUACCAGGACAACGAUCAGUGAGAGAAAUAAGCAGAAUCAGUCCAGUUACCGAAAUCAUUCAGAGGUCAUCAUCUCCAGCGUUAUAUUAUCAACAAAGGGCAGAGUCACCAAGCAGAAAUGUUACUGAGAUGACGUUACGCAAGGUUGAAAGAAGGCCACCAAGUCCGCUUGUACAAAGGGUAUCUCGGAUGCAGGAGUCUCAGCACAUUCAAGAAUCUCUUGUGCAAACGUCACAAAAGGAUGAGACUUCAGGAAGAAAGACGCCAAUAGAAGUAGUGCUACGAAAAAUUGAAAACAGACCUGAAAGUCCACUGGUACAAAGAAGGGGUGUCAUUGUGCAAGAUCUUCCCCUUCAGACUCCUCCAAAAUCCUCAAGGAUGUCACCAGUCACUCCAACAGAAGAGAAAAUGGAAGUGGAGCUAUCCAGACCAGCCUUAAAUUUAAGAAUUCCUGCAAUUAUUGUUGAAGAUGAAAAAAUGGAAGAGGAUGCUCCUGUGAAAACAAGUGAGCCUCAGCAGAUUAGUAGUAGUGCCAAAGAGGGACAACAGCAGAAGACCAAAGGAAAGAAGCGUCGCUCUCGACCCAUGUCCCCAGAGUUAGAUUCUUCGGAUGAUUCUUAUGUGUCUGCUGGAGAAGAUCCAUUGGAGGCUCCUGUUUUUGAGUUUCCCCUCCAGGACACUGUAGCAUCUGCUGGUGCAGAUGUCCUACUAAAAUGCAUCAUUGCUGGCACCCCCACUCCUGAAGCCACCUGGACAAAAGACAGCACUGAAAUUAUCAGCACUGCAAAUUGCGCAGUCAAAGUGGAGGGUGAACGACAUAGUCUGCUCAUCAAAUCAGCAAGAAUAAGUGAUGGUGGAAAAUACUGUGUAGCUGCUGUUAAUCAGGUGGGCAGAGCAUCCAGCAGUGCCACCCUUAUUGUCAAAGCAGAGUCUGUGCAGGAGCCAAAGGGAAACCUGGGCGUGCCAAUGGACAUCAGCAGCCCUAUUACAUCUGACGAGGAGUAUCUCAGUCCCCUGGAGGAAGGCAUGGAUUUUGGAGGGCCAGAGCUGAGGCGAAGUAUUGAUACACAAUUCAGGAAACCCCCUGCAUUCCUGGCAACAAUGAGUGACCAAGCUGUCAUUGAAGGACAGGAAGUCACCAUGUCUGUCCGCGUAACAGGACAACCCAAACCCAUGCUCUAUUGGCUGAGGGAAAGAGUUACGGUGAAAACAGGCCCACGUCACAUUGUCCGUGAGACAAAAGAUGGCACUUUUGAAAUGAUCAUCAAGUCAGCGCUGAGAUCGGACUCUGGGAUUUACACCUGUAAGAUCAUUAAUGAAUAUGGGACAAAGCAGUGUGAAGGAAGGCUGGAGGUAAAAGCACCACCAGUUGAGCCCGGAUUGGCCGUCAUCCGCCCAGUCAGGGACAUCACAGCCAAGGCUGGAGAGACAGUUUUGUUUGAGUGUCAUGUCAUCGGACCGAAGGACACAGAUGUGGACUGGCUUGCAGACGGGAAACUGAUCCAGCCGGCAUUGCUCAACUGUAAGAUGCACUUUGAUGGGAGAAAGUGCCGGCUGCUGCUCAACUCUGUGCACGAGGACGACAGCGGAACGUACACGUGCAAGAUUAGCACAGCUAAAGAGGAAGUGACUUCAUUUGGCAAACUCAAAGUCAUCCCUUCAAUUGAACCUCUCUUCACUCGCAAGCUGGACGUUCUCGAAGUGAUUGAGGGUCGUAAUGCUCGAUUUGACUGCAAAGUCAGCGGGACACCAUCUCCCAAAGUCAUUUGGAGUCACUUUGACCAUCCCCUCAUAGAAAGUGAGGACAUACGUAUUCUUCAAGAGGGUGGCCGCCACUCUCUCAUCAUUUCUCAUGUGGCCAAUGACGAUGAGGGUUUUUACACGGUCACAGCCCGUAACUGUCACGGCGACGCAGAGAGCUCCGCUGAACUUUACAUACAAGAACCGCGGCCGGCCAUCUCAUCGCAGAUGGCUAAACUGGAGAAGAUGCCAUCGAUCCCUGAGGAACCAGAGGUCCCAGAGAAUGAGGUGGAACGUUUCACCAUGCCUGACUUCAUCAAACCUCUUUAUGAUCUGGAUGUGCUUGAGGGAAAGGAAGCUGUGCUCAAAUGUAAAGUGGCUGGUCUGCCAUACCCCACCAUCGCCUGGUUCCACAAUGGCAAGAGGAUUGAGAGCACUGAGGACAGAAAGAUGACACAAUUCCGUGACGUCCACAGCCUGGUCAUCCGCUCGGUGUGCCACGCACACGGUGGGGUCUAUAAGAGUGUCAUCUCUAACAAAGUUGGCAAGGCCACCUGCUACGCUCAUCUCUAUGUCACAGAUAUCCUGCCUGACCCUCCUGAUGGGACUCCAGUGAUAGAGUCCAUCACUGGUAAAACCAUCAACUUAAGCUGGAAGAAACCACGGAGGCUGGACCCUUCCAUUGAUCCCAGCUCCCUGAUGUAUGCCAUCCAACAGCAAGCCCUGGGCUCCAUCCAGUGGACCAUCAUAGCUUCUGGGCUGAAGGAUACCACCUACACCAUUACGACCCUCUCCAAAAAUGUGCGUUAUGCUUUCAGGGUGCUGACCAUCACCUCCAAAGCCUUCAGCAAGCCUUCACCUGCCACUGACCCGGUGCAGCUCCUGGACAGAGGUUCCUAUCUUCUGGAGGCUCCAGUGAUUAUUGAUAAGCCAGAAAUUGUAUAUGUCAUUGAAAACCAGUCAGUCACCAUCACUGUCACCCUCAACCAUGUCAAUGCUGCAGUCAUCUGGAAGAGGAAGGGAGUUGUCCUGGCCAACAAGCCAGGCCUGUAUGAGAUGUCAAUGCCAGAUGAUGACCAGCACACACUGAAGCUGCUCAAAGUGAAGAGUACUGACAUUGGAGAGAUGAUGUUUGUGGCCUCCAACAAGUAUGGUAGCGACAGCUGCACCUUUAAUGUGGAGAUGGCAGCUCCACCAACAUUUGAAACUAUCAUGGAGGACUUGGACGUUUGCAUUGGAGAGACCCCUCGCUUUGCUGUUGUUGUUGAGGGCAAACCCAUUCCUGACAUCCUCUGGUUCAAGAAUGACAUCCUGCUGUCGGAGAGCAGUCAUUACACAUUUGUGUACGAUGAUAACGAAUGUUCCCUGGUGGUUCUAAACGCUUGUCCGGAAGACUCUGGGGUUUACACCUGCACUGCUAGGAACUUGGCAGGUUCUGUUUCUUGUAAAGCAGAACUCACCAUUCAUGAAGCUAAAAGUAAAGAGGAGCCAAUGGAAGAUGAGGCAACUAUUUUAAGGAAAAUGCGCAGACUGACUGACCAUUAUGACAUCCACAAGGAAAUCGGAAGAGGAGCAUUUUCCUAUGUGAAACGUGCGACCCAGAAGGUAGGCAAAAUGGAGUAUGCUGCAAAGUUUAUCUCCACACGGGCCAAGAAGAAGGCGUCUGCCCUGAGAGAGAUGAACCUGCUCUCCAGACUGGACCACGAGCGAGUCCUUUACUUUCAUGAUGCCUUUGAGAAAAAGAAUGCAGUCAUUAUCAUCACUGAAAUAUGCCACGAGGAGCUGCUUGACAGAUUUACAAGGAAAUCUACAGUAAUGGAGUCUGAUGUACGUUCAUGUAUAAGACAACUGCUUGAGGGAGUGGAUUACCUUCAUCAUCUAAACAUCGUACACCUGGACAUUAAGCCCGAUAACAUCCUUAUGGCAGAUUCUCACAGUGAUCAGAUCCGAAUCUGUGACUUCGGCAAUGCUGUGGAGACCACACCCAGUGAGGCUCAGUACUGCAAAUAUGGCACACCAGAAUUUGUUUCACCAGAAAUUGUCAAUCAGACCCCUGUGUCAAAGGCAUCGGACAUCUGGCCAGUUGGCGUUAUUGCAUACUUGUGUCUGACAGGAGUUUCUCCAUUUGCUGGAGAGAACGACCGCAGCACUGUACUGAACAUCAGGAACUAUAAUGUGGCCUUUGAGGAGAGCAUGUUUGCUGAGCUUUGCCGGGAGGCUAAAGGGUUCAUCAUAAAGCUCCUGGUCGCAGACAGGCUGAGACCUGAUACUCAGGAAUGCCUCCGACACCCCUGGUUCAAGACACUUAACAAAGGGAAGGCCAUAAGUACAGAGGCCCUGAGGAAAUUUGUAUCUCGUAGAAAAUGGCAGCGUUCACUAAUCAGCUAUAAAUCAAAAAUGGUAAUGAGGUCCAUACCCGAGCUGCUGAAUGAUUUCUCCAGCCAUAUCUCCAUUGCAGUUCCCAGGCACCUGAAAGAAGGUUCACCUUUGCCAUCAUCAUCCUCAGAUUCUGAUGAAGACAUUGAUGAGCUGCCAUUUAUACCAAUGCCACUUAACAUGGAAUUUUCUGGCUCAAGGAUGUCACUGAAUGAUAUCCAGACCAAUGAGCAGGAAACAGAAAACCAGAAUGGUACAAGUAAAUGCUCUGGGUCUUCUGUUCAAGCCAUAGAGGCAAUGGAGUGUGAUACUAAACAAAUGGAUAAAGAAGGGGUUGAAAUAAUAGGUAAAGGCCGUCUGAGGAAAAGGUUACCACAGGACAAUGACAGGGGUUCUUCAGAUGAAGAAUCACCAGCUGAAUUACUACAAAAGUCAGAGCUGACUAGAAAGCCCCUUCGAAGGGGUUCAAGCAUGGAGUCAGACAAACCAGAGGGUGGACGACGAAGAGGAGAGCUAAGACGUGGAGGCUCAGCCGACAGCGCAUUGCUGCUCCGAAUUACACCUGAGGAAGGAGCUGGAGAAGGAAACCAAGAGGAUGGCAGGAGAGUUCUCAAGAAAGCUGUCUCUAUGGAGCUACCAAGGAGGAGCACCAGCCCAGGAACUGCCAAGAUGAGUCAAGAAGACUAUGCUCUAAAACUGGAACUGAUGAGACAACGACUGCUUCGUGGUGGUUCUGUAGACAACAAGAUGAGUGGACUGAGAGGACCUCUGUUGGAAACAUUGGGAAUGGGAGAUGAAAAACGUGCAGUAGCCUCAGAUCGCUACUCUCGUACUGCUCGUUUGGGCCCACCUCCACUAACUAGAGCUGCAUCCAGUGAUUCCGCAAGGGACGAAGUUCCCAAACCCAAAGUUUUGCGCAAAACUGCCUCUUUCAGUCAAGGUGAUUCAGAGCCCAUAGCUUUACACCGCCGGUCAGGAGCCCCCUUGGAGAUUCCCGUGGCACAGGUAGAAGAGAGAAGGCUCAAGGAGGCUAUAUCUAUGUCAGCUCUCACUGAACAAAUCAAGCUAGAUUCCCGUCCAGUGACUCCCAGAGAACCUUCACCAAAACCGCCAACACCCGAGUCUGUUGUGCAAGAAAGCCCAACCAAAACAGAAAGUGAGGAAUCAUUUAUUGAGAAAGAAAUCAAGUCCGAGGAGACUGCGAAUGAAAAGAUGGAUGGGCUGACUACAGAUAGUAAUUUUGAUGAGAGAUCAAGCACAAGUGGUUUCUCAGAGAAAGAUAUGAGCAUAUCAGAAGAACCAAUGAUUGAAUCAGAGUUUGUGGGCCAGAGAAUUCCUACACCUCCUCUUGAGGCCCAAAGCUCUAAAAUAGAAGAAAAGAUGGAGGAAGAAGAAGUAGAAAGAGAGCAACAAGAAAAGGAUGAGUUUAUGAAAGAAGAAGAGGAAAGAAAAGGCAGUGUUGCUGAAUCAAAUGUAAAAGAAGUUGAAGAAGUUUCUGAAGAAAAAGCAGAAGAAGGAAAUAUGCUUGCUAAAUCUUCUGAUGUGAUCAUAACAUCCAGCUCAGUUAUGGUGACACCAACACAGGAAUAUUCCCAUCCCCCGGCAAAUGUUGUAUCAACUUAUGUAACACCCUCACUUCCUGCUCGUGUUGUCCUUCCAGAUGGAAGGACUUCAGCAUAUGCCAGUAUUAUGCAGACCAUCAUGGUCCCUUCACUGCAGCCUCUCAAUGACCAACCUCUAGGCCCUUCUACACCUGUUGUUUUUCCAUCCGCCUCGUCAUCUGCAGUAUCAACUAAAACUUCUCUACCUACAUCUACACCUUCCAGUGUGUCCUCUGCUUUACCUGGCCCACCAAAGCCAGUCCUCGUGUCAUCUACUGAACACCCUGCAGUAUAUUCCAGGGUAGCUUCACCUGAGAUGAUCACAAAAGAACCCAGUCCACCAAAGAUCACCACAUAUUCCUCAUCCCAACAAGAGUUCUCAGCGGGAGCUGACUUGGAUGACAUUAACUCUGAAGAGGUCUUUGAGACUCGUUUCAAAAAACGUGAAUCUUCCCUCUCAAGGAGUCUAAAAUUCCUGUCACGGUCAAAGAAUGAGGACAAACCACAAGUGAUUUCAUCAGACUCUGUGGAGUCAGGUGAAGAGAUAUACAGACCUGGGCCAAUUGGUGCACCAGUGGAAUUAGCACAGAGAAGACUUGAAGAGAAAUCGAAGUCAGUCCAGGACCUUCGUGAAGCUCAAAAGGACCAAGGCUUUAUGAGAAGGCUCUCCAUGCGCCUGAAGAGAACUCCAUCAACUGAGCGCAAGGACGAAAUGACCAAAGAUGAAGAUUCAGUUGCUUCCAGAAGAAGGCUUUCUUGGACUCUCGGCCGAAGAGGGUCACAGGACAAGAAGGAAGUAGAGAUGAUGCGCAUGGAUGGUGGAGGCGAUACAGUGGUGGAACAGGAUGAAAAGGAUCUUAAGAAACCUACAGAAUCACCAGUUUUGGUAAUGCGCAGAAAGAUUGAAUCAACAGUGGCUGGUAUUUCCACAAGAAUUCGUAGUUACUCAGAAGAAAGGAGGGCAUCAGAGGACAAAGAACCCAAGAGGACACCCAUUCUUUCCAUGCUUCGUCGUUCAACAUCAGAGAGCCGUGCUACAAAGGUUGCCAAUGUUCCUCAGAACCAGCUAGCAACUCAGGCCAGUAACGGUGCCUCAUCAGAGUCUCUUGACUCAAUGUCCAGCCUCAAGUCAGAAACAUCAAAGGGUCUGGAGAGUGAGCGCAGAUCCCGCUGGGAUCGAUGGGGUCUGACCAGAGGGAGGCGAGACAAGACAGUAUCACAGCCUGACAUACCAACAGCCAUCUCCAGAGAAAAUAGUUCCAUACGUUCACGUCAGUAUUCUAGACUGGCUUCUGACUUCCCUCCAGUAUUCCACAUCAAGCUGAGAGAUCAUGUCCUGCUGGAGGGGGAUCCAGUUACACUCAGCUGUCUGCCAGCAGGCAGCCCCCACCCACAGAUCACCUGGAUGAAAGAUAAGAAGCCCCUGGAGAUUGAUGCCAGGAUGAACAUGAUUGCCUGCCCUGAUGGCCGGCAGCUACUGAUGAUCAUGCAGACCACCAAAAAGGAUGCGGGGGUCUAUGAAUGUGUUGCCACAAGUCCCUUGGCCACUGUGUCCAGCUCUUGCACCAUAUCUCUUGCUCGUCUGCCCAAUCGUCCUGGGACCCCUGAAAUACCUCAGAAGUACAACAAUACAGCCUUGGUACUGUGGAGGCCCUCAGACACCAUGGCCCCAUGCACAUACUCUCUGGAGAGGAGAGCAGAGGGUGAGACCAACUGGCUAAUUGUGGCUACAGGGGUGGCAGACUGUUAUUACAAUGUGGUUGACUUGCCAGCAGGGGGCUCCUUCAGGUUCAGGGUGGCAUGUGUCAAUAAAGCUGGCCAGGGCCCCUACAGCAACCUUUCAGAUGUCAUAAGCCUGGAUGUUUCAGAACCAGCUAAGUCCAAUGCUCCUGUGGUGGUCAAAACUGUCCCUGCAACUACUCCUCCUCCUCCUCCUGUGGUGAUGAUGUCAUCCAUGAAAGUGCCUCCCAUUAAACCAGCUCCUAGUAAAUCUACAACAGUAACACCUGUCCCUCCCUCAGCUUCAGCUCCUGCUCCAUCUGUGGCUAAAAGUGUUUCUCCUGUAACCAUCACACCCACCGUGCAGGUUGAUGCUAGCCAUCCUGCUGUUACUCCACCCAUUAGCACAGCCCCCUCCGAACAAGCUCCUGUUCACGCUGCCGCAGCUGUCCAAGCCACGGCCGCCAAAGCCAAGACUACCCUUAGCAUCAGUGUGAGCAAACCCCAAAAUAAAUUAGCUCCUCCACCUGUUGUUCCACCCAAACCUCAGAGCCCUGUAAAUGCAGUCCAGUCCAUCAACAACAAACCCCACUCUCCUGUACCACCACCUGCACCUGGCAUUGGGAAACCCAUCUCAUCUGUUCCAAUGUACAAGCCAGCUGCAACUGCUCGUGUUGCUCCGCCUUCUCAAUCUAGUUCCACCCCAACAACGACCAUCGCUUCAGUCACUCCUGUGGCUAUCACACCAUCCGUGGUGGUGGUGCAGAGCUUGACACCUGUGCUGCAGGGAGGGGACAGCCGAAGUACCCCAUCCGGACGAGUCACACCUUCAGGACGGGCCACGCCUUCAGGACGUAGGACGCCACUGGGCAAGCCUGGGGAGGGAUCUCUGCGCCAGGGAGUUCCACAGAAGCCUUACACCUUCAUGGAUGAGAAAGCAAGGGGCCGGUUUGGUGUGAUUCGCGAAUGCCGGGAAAACGCCACAGGCAACCUCUUUAUGGCUAAGAUUGUUCCAUACGAGGCAGACAGCAAGCAGGAGGUGCUGCAGGAAUAUGACAUCCUCAAGUCGCUUCAUCAUGACAGGAUCAUGGCUCUGCAUGAAGCUUAUGUAACACCGCGCUACCUGGUGCUUAUCUCUGAGUACUGCAGUGGGAAGGAGCUGCUCUUCAGCCUCAUAGACAGGUUCCGUUACUCAGAAGAUGAUGUGGUGACCUAUAUUGUGCAGAUCCUUCAGGGUCUGGACUACCUCCAUAACCGACGCAUCCUGCACCUGGACAUCAAACCAGAGAACAUCAUCGUCACCUACAUGAAUGUCAUCAAGAUCAUUGACUUUGGCAGUGCUCAGACUUACAACCCUCUCUUCCUCAAGCAGUUCAGCCCUCCAAUAGGAACGCUGGAGUUUAUGUCUCCAGAGAUGUUGAAAGGGGAUGUUGUGGGCCCACCAGCUGACAUCUGGAGUGUGGGCGUACUGACUUUUAUCAUGUUGAGUGGCAGGUCGCCUUUCACUGAAAUUGAUCCUCAGGAGACUGAAGCUAGGAUCCAGGCGGCAAAGUUUGACCUCUCUAAACUCUACCAGAAUGUGUCCCAAAGUGCCUCUCUGUUUCUUAAAAAGAUCCUCUGUAGCUACCCUUGGGCCCGUCCCUCCAUUAAGGACUGCUUCAAUAACUCCUGGCUUCAAGAUGCCUACCUGAUGCGUCUUCGCAGACAGACACUCACCUUUACAACCACACGUCUCAAGGAAUUUUUGGCCGACCAGCAGCGCAGGCGAGAGCAAGUGGCCACCAAGCACAAAGUUCUCCUGCGGUCCUACCAGAGCUCGCCACAAACCCCCAGCAGCCCCGCCACGCCAAAUGUGCCAACCUCACUCACCACAUCUGUCACCCAGUGAAAACAGGCUUCCAGUUGGCGGAACAUUAACAGGGGCCGCGAGGUGGGGUGGUUGAUUCAGGUUAAAGUUGUUGAACGUGGUCAGAAGAAAAAAAAAAGAGAUAAACUAGAGAAACAGAGACUGUGAUCUGCAGAGACGUCACCUCUUUUUCUUUUCUGGUUCUGAAGGAGAAUCUCAAGGAAUUCUUUCACACCAGAGGGAACUCUUCGUUACAAGAGCCUGACUGCAUUUUUAUAUGAUGGACCUUGUUCAUAUAAGGCAGGAUGUUGUCUUCGAGUUAGUACCUCAAACUGUCUUUCUUACUGUCAACUCUGCAGUGAUUAGAGGGGACACAAAUUAAUACAUAAGUGCCCCACAGUGAAAGGCCUAAGAUUACUUAAAUAGAGUUUAAAAAGUUGUUUCAUUGAGUACAACUCAUUUACAAGAUUCCAAAAUAAUGAAUACUUUAUUAGAGGAAAUGUACAAUUUUCAAAACAAGGAGGGCUAAUACAAUUGCAGCACCUCUACUAUAUCAUUCUGUAGUCUCAUGUUUAUGUUUCCUGACCAGAAGUUCAUUCUAUUAUAUCUCUAAAAACCGAAUCAAGAUUGAAUCGAAGCAGACUUAUUUGAGCUACAGUACCAGAGUUUUUAUACUGCUGUAGCAUCUCAGUGAUUGUCAAGACUGUAGCAGUUGAAGUUCCUUUUUUGUUUUGGCUUUAUAAAAUGUAUAUUGAGUUCAGAGGAUACAUCAAAAGAUUCUCUGCAAGGGCUAAGAAAAGGACUCAGCACAAAUUCUUCCCUAAUCUUAUGAAACAGGAUAGUAACUAUUCUUUUGUUCUCAAAAGCAGAAUUUAUUUUUUUAAUUUGUUUGCUUCAUGCAGAACUGUGUUGGCUGCUUGGCAGGCACCGGUUCCUUCAUCACAAAUAAGCUAACAACCAUCACAUUGGCUCCAGGUAAACUAAACUCUCCCAGUCCGCCCUGCACAGAGGAUCCAGUUUGAUUAACCACACAGCAACGUUUACACUCAUCUCUGACUUUACUAAAAUGAGGUGUGCUGAGUUGGUCGGUGUAUUUUUAGACUGUGCAUGCAGAACUUUGCCUGAGAUCAUCCUUUAAUGUUCGGGGGGUUAGCGGUAAACCGAAUCUCUUUAGAAACCCACUGGUGAUGCUGGGGUGCCUCCAAGUGCCCUUAGCCAGUUAGUAUUAGUCAGCAUAAAAAGUAGUCUCUACAAUUCACCAAGAUAGGAUGUUGAUUGAGACAUUGUUGAGUGUAUUAUUUCUUAUUUUAGCUGUAAUUUUCAAUUGCUAACAGCAAUCGCUUUGAGGAGAGAUUUUGCUUUAUUGGGUUUUUAUAAAUCAUAGUUUUUGAUUGGCAGAACUUUUUUAUACACUAUGUUUUAAAAUGGUUAGAAUGAUAUUCGACAUUGAUUAAAUUUUAUUUAUGCCCAUGAGAUUAAGUAUCAUAAACCUUUUUAGUCUCCAGCCCAUACAAAAAGAAACGUACGAGACACCAUCAAAACAUGUACAACGCAAUCAUGAAAUCAUGAAUGUUGAAAUCUGAGACAAUCCAAAUAGAUAAUUUGAAUCUAUUGUUCCACUCUGGUUUUAGUCCCAUAAAACACAAAACUUGCCCUUUUUAUGUACAGUAUUGAAGACUGCAGUUGCACACAUUUCCCCUUGGUUAGACUGAAUGUAGAAUCUGACUCAGUGGCAUAGUGGUGUUUGAAAGUUAUUUAUGUUCUCAGUCAUAUGUGUAAGCGAUAAAAUAAAAAAUGAAAGUGAUGAAAUAGAUAAACAGCUAUUUGGAUUAUAGUAUAGUCUGUUUCCAAAUAUAGUAUAGUCUCACCUUAGAGAAAAUACCUAAUAUCCACUUUCACCCAAGGAAGGGUCACCCUAAAUUUUACCCUCAGAGUGAGCUGCAGUACGUUUGCUUUAACCUGACAUUGAUCAUUUGACCCAUCCUCACUAUUUUAAAAUAAAUAAAUGACUCUGUUCCUUUGCUUUCACACAGCAAAUUGAGUCAUAAGACCAGCAAAUGAAACAUUUGCACAAACAUCAGAUCAUUUUUCUGUAUUGAUAUUAGGUAUUUUCACACUUAACAAAGUGUAACUCUUGUUUUAUUUUAAGAAAGUGUCAAGGAAUCACAAUCAGACACAGAACAAUAUCACAUAAAGCUGCACAAAAAACAAGCUGUUUUAGUCUGUGUAUUGACUGGCAGAAAUUGUCGGUAAAUAGAGUUAUUUGAUUAGUUCUGUAUAUUCUAAUGCUAUUGCUAGAUAAACACUUCCCUUUUCUGCAGCUCUUUGUCUUUUUGGCUCAGUCAUUUUUCUAUGCAGAGUAAAAGUUAAUCACGGGGGAGUUGUUUUAAACCUUGAAUGAAAACAUGCAAGAUCAGCAUGAAUCCUAAAUGUCUGUGCAAUAUACAGUUUUAUGUUCUUUGAUCACUUCAAAUGAAAUACUGACAAGAUUUUGAAAAAAAUGUUGAACGCUCCACAUUUUGUAUUGAAAUCUGUACUUUGUGGAAUGUGUUGCGGUGCCUCGUGAUGGAUAUUAGACCCCCAGAGAAAAUAGUUCUUUAUUUUGAUUAUAUGAACGUGACUGCUUUGUGUGUGUUUUGCAAUUUGUUUAUUUAUUGAGUGACUGUAUUUGUUAUAGCUUCUGCUUUUUAUUUUGUGAAAUUUCUGAAUCUGGCAUGGAAAAGGCAUGACAGCUGUUACGGCUAUGAACAAUAAAGGAAAUAUGACAAAUAUGUGAA